AUAUGUAUGAAUGAAAACGAGUUUGCCUUUGUGCUGCCAGCCAAGUCAGAGAGGUGUCAAUUUUAGUCUACAAUAAACGACGAGACGUGUUAGAUGUGUUGCUGGCGCGGUUUCGAGGAAAACGCGUGAGAAUUCGAGGAAUUGUAUAAGAAGAAAGAAAAAAAAAUGUUUUGAAGCAAAUUAAUGAGAUUAGAAAAUCAAAAUUGAAAAUUAACAAAAGCAUAUUACAAAGUGUGUGUUUGAUAAACAAGAAGAUAGUGCAAAAUUAUAAAAUACUUUAAGCGCCUAUUUACCGUUACGAGCGCUAAGCACGAAUACCAGCCAAUGUUAGAACGCGUUUUAGUUAGAUACAAGUGAAAGCGUGUUGCGCAAGCUUUGUGAACAUAAAAAAAGUUAAUAAAAAAAUUAAAAAAAAUUGUAAAAACAAAAAAAACUAUAAACAACAACAAUUUAUUAAAUGAAAAUGGUAAAAGUCGCCGGCUUGCCACCGACGAAUGCGAUCAGUGAACACCAAGCGCUCGCUUUAAGCUACAGUCAACACUUACAACAACAACAACAGCAGCAGCAGCAGAGUCAAAGCCCGCUUACGCUAAAACAGCAAAAUACCGUUAAUCAGCAGCAACAGCAACAACAACCAGCCACAACUAUUAGUGCGCAAACCGCUUACACGCUGGCCGAAUCCGCUUUGCAACACUCGCUGCUCUACAAGAUGGCACGCACACCGCACCUCAAGUCCAGCUUCUCGAUCAAUUCGAUCUUGCCCGAAACGCUGGAAGAUCACCAUCAACAACAGCAGCAACAACAGCAACAUUCACCACAGCAGUCGCCACAACACCACGUACUGCACCAACUGCAACAACAUCCAGCGUUGCAACAACAAUAUCCACUGCAUUUGCAACAACAACAACACUAUCCACCGCCGCAUGAUAUCGACAGAUAUCGACGCAUGCCACCGAAUAGCUUUCUCCCCUGCCACUCACCGCUGGGUUCAGAGGAGCAUGACGUCUCCGAUGUGGAGUCCGCUGAUGUGACGAGCAUGUCGCCACCACCGCUGACGGAGGGUAGUGAAGUGAGCACGCACAGCGCGGAGAAUGGCAAACGGAAAUAUCGACGCAAUGGACGCAACGGACGCAUUGGCGGCGGCGCUGUUGGUCAUGCGGACGAAAGUGCCGACAGCGAAUUGGAUGGCGGCGAGGAGGAUGUGUUGGCUGAUGUGUGUGAAGGUGAGCUUGAUGGUGGCGUGGAUGAGGAAUGUGAAGAGGAGGAUGUGGACUGUGAUGCGGAGGGCGAAGGUGACGGUAAUGCCGAUGGUGAGGGUGGCGAUGCAGAGAAGUCUGCUGAUGGCAAACCAACGACCGAUAAGAAGGGCAAUGAGAAGCCACCAUACUCCUACAACGCGCUGAUCAUGAUGGCCAUACGGCAGAGUUCGGAAAAGCGACUAACGCUGAACGGCAUCUACGAGUAUAUCAUGACGAAUUUUCCGUAUUAUCGUGACAAUAAGCAGGGCUGGCAGAACUCGAUACGGCACAAUCUCAGCUUGAAUAAAUGUUUCGUGAAGGUGCCACGGCACUACGAUGAUCCCGGCAAAGGUAACUAUUGGAUGUUGGAUCCGUCGGCAGAGGACGUGUUUAUUGGCGGUUCGACGGGAAAAUUGCGACGACGCACAACGGCAGCAUCACGUUCCCGACUCGCCGCCUUCAAACGUUCGCUCAUCGGUCCCAUGUUCCCCGGCUUGGGUUAUGCGCAAUUCGGUCAGUUUUUGUAUCCACAACAGGCAGCCGCCACUGCGGCAGCGCCCAGCCUACUGGCCAGCAUGUACGGCCGUUACCAUCCGUUUGUGCCGAAGAGUCCAGCGGCUGCAGCGGCAAUGUCUAUGCAAUUCGGCGGUGGCGGCACACCCACGUCACCCGCCUCCGUUAUGGCCAACUACAGCAGCGGCAUGGAACGUCUGUUGGGCGCUAUGCCACAUCAGAGUCAUCCCGCUGCCGCAGCAGCGGCCACCAGUGAACUCUACCAGCGUCUACAAUAUCAGCAACUGUUGCAACAACAUGCUGCCGCCGCGGCAAUCGCCGCACAUCAGCGUCAUCAGCAACAUUUGGCGGCUGGCGGCCCCGUGCCACCGCCGCUACACGCGCAACAUUCGCCACAUGCCCCACAGCAUAUGCAACAUUUGGCAGCGGUGUCGCCACAUCAGCAACAAUUGCAACUCGGCGCACAUAUGGCCGCGCAACCUGCCUCACCCGGCCAACCGUUAUCGCCGUCGGCCAGCGCAUUGGGUGCGCCACCAGCAGCCGGCACAGCGGCGUUAUCGCCCAUACUCAAGCCGGUGACGGUGGUGGCGCGCAGUGACAGCUGAGUGGACGCACCUUAUGCAGCAACCGAGGAGGCUGUAUGUAUAUAGUUAUAGUAUAUAGCAGUAUAUAUGUAUCAUAUAUAGUUGAUAACAACUCCUAGUUAAUUAAAUGUAAGCAAAUUUGUAAACUACGCUUAUGACUUGUAGGAUACGAAAAACGGCGCAUUGUUCGGCAAUCUUGAGUUGUGCACUUUUAGGCAAAUGUCGCCGUGGCGCCUGCUUUGCAAAGGCUUUGAUUGUAAAUUUAGCAAAUUCAUAAAUCCAUAAAUCAGGAAAAAAAUUGUAAAUUGAAAAAAAAAAAAAUCGAAAAUUUAAAAUUUAAAAAAUUAAAA